AUGCAACAAAGAGAAAAGGAGACAUUCCGUGAAUACGCGCAAAGGUGGCGCGAAAUUGCAGCACAGGUUGUUCCAUCUAUGGAAGAAAAGGAGAUGACGAAAGUGUUCUUAAAGACUCUUGAUACUUUUUAUUACGAGAGGAUGAUUGCAAGCGCUCCUACAGACUUUACUGACAUGGUAAACAUGGGAGUCCGUUUAGAGGAAGCAGUUCGAGAAGGGCGUCUAGUCAGAGAAGGAAGUUCAUCUUCAAGCGGGGCAAAGAGGUACGGCGGUUUUAUGAAAAAGAAGGAACAAGAAACUAAUGCUGUAUCCUAUAAUCAUCCAAGAAGGAUCAAUUAUCCUUACCAUUCCCAACACCAACAUAUAGCAGUCGUGACUCCAGUAAUCACUUCCGCUCCAGUUCAAGUCCAAUACCCUCAGCAGCGUACCAACCGCUUCCAACAGAAUACUCAGUAUCAGCAACAACAUCAACCUCAACAACAUCAACAUCAGUUACAACAACGUCCACCACAGCAACAAAGAAGAACCAAUUUUGAUCCAAUUCCGAUGUCAUAUGCAGAAUUGUAUCCAGCUUUGAUCACUAAAAACCUUGUGCAACCACGACCACGACCUCCUGUACCAGAAGUGCUACCUUGGUGGUACAAGCCAGAGGUAUCUUGUCCCUUUCAUCAGAAUGCUCCAGGUCAUGACUUAGACAACUGUUUUGCUUUAAAGUUGGAAGUACAGAAGUUGACAAGAGCAGGUAUCCUGACCUUCAAGAGCAUGGGUCCCAAUGUGAAGGACAAUCCAAUGCCAAGUCAUGGUCCUUCAUCAGUGAACAAUAUAGAAGUUUGUCUCAAUGAACAACGUGUUACGCAGAUAGAGGAGAUUCGGCAGUCUUUGGUUGAAAUUCAUUCUGUUUUAUGUGCUCAUGGUCUAUUCCAACAUGACCACCAGAUCUGUGGUACAUGUUCAGUCAAUUCAAGAGGUUGUAGAAAGAUUCAAGAUGAUUUGCAAGGCGUCCUUGAUCAGGGUUUGAUUCAGAUUUCUAGACAAGUGAGUUCUCCAGAAUCACAAGAACAAGAGGUGAAUGUCAUCAUUCCUUGCUUCAACAUUCCAGAGAAAGUAGAGAUAGCUUAUCAUCCGAGGGAGCCAGUGGUGAUUUGCCCUCCGAGCCCAAUGCCUUACACUUCAGAUAAAGCGGUCCCCUACCGCUAUGCAGCAACUAUUAUUGAGAACGGUAAAGAGGUCGAGAUUAAAACCUUAGCCUCAGUUACCAAUAUCGCAGCAAAUAGCCGAAUGACGCGCAGUGGCCGCGUGUUUGCUCCACCGGUUAUCCCAAGUAGAAAUGUUGAGAAAGAUCCAGUAGUCGUGGUACCAGUGAUAAGAGAAGCAGAACGGCAAACAAGCAAUUCAACCCUUGACAAAGAAACAGAUGAACUACUCAAAAUUAUCAAGCUCAGUGACUACAAAGUGGUAGAUCAGUUGCUACAGACACCGUCAAAAAUCUCGAUCCUGUCCUUAUUAUUGAACUCAGCUGUCCACAGAGAAGCACUACUGAAGGUGCUUGAUCAAGCCUUUGUAGAACAGGAUAUAACAGCAGAGCAGUUCAACAAUGUUGUAGGCAGCAUCACUUCGUGCAAUGGCUUAGGCUUUUGUGAUGAAGAACUGCCAGAAGAAGGAAAGAAUCACAACUUCGCUCUCCAUAUCUCAGCCAAUUGUCAAGGGGAUUCUUUGUCUAAUAUCCUAAUUGACACCGGUUCAUCUCUGAAUGUCAUGCCCAAGUCUACCUUGUUGAAGCUAAAGUACAAAGGGGGGCAAAUGCGGCACAGUGGAAUUAUUGUGAAAGCGUUCGAUGGAUCAAGAAAAACAGUCAUUGGAGAAGUUGAUUUGCCUAUUGGUAUUGGACCACACGUAUUCCAGAUCACUUUCCAGGUUAUGGACAUAGUGCCAGCUUAUAGCUGUCUGCUCGGACGCCCAUGGAUUCACGAGGCGGGUGCCAUUACAUCCACGUUACACCAAAAGUUAAAGUUUGUCAAGAAUGGGCAAAUAGUGACGGUUAAUGGGGAGCAGGCUAUGCUGAUUAGCCACCUUUCAUCGUUUAGUGUGAUAGAAGUAGACGAGACGGCUGUUCAAACUCCAUUUCAGGCCCUGACCAUCGAUGAUUACAAGAAAAGUGAAGGUUCAAUCGCGUCAUUCAAAGGCGCCCAGCAGAUUGUCAAGACAGGUCCUACAGAAAUGUGGGGCAAGGUGAUAGAGUUGCCAGAAAACGUUAACCAUGCAGGAUUAGGCUUUGUUGAUGGAAAACAAGUGCAGACUUCAGUGGUGCGACCUUUCAAAGAUAUCUUUUACAGCGGUGGGUUUAUCAACAUGGUAGCAGUUGAGGAGGAUACUUUGAGAGGAAAGACAGAAGACGAAGGCCCAAGAUUUGUGACACCAGGAACUAGAUCACCACCACCGCUUCACCUUCUACCCUCUGAUUUACAGAAGCUUUCUCGCUACCAGAGAGUGAAGGAAGUUAUACCGGCUAUUUUAGCAGGCCUUCUAGUGCCCAUUGGACUGAUUGAUCAUAUCUUCAGGAUAUACCUUCUGGUGGAAUUUGGUCUUUUUUACUUCUUGGCAAUAGAGAGGAACCUUACACUAUCCCCUUCCCUAUAA